AUGGUACCAGACAGGAAGAAGUGGAAGGUGAGCUCAGUGAAGAAGAACGUUGGUUUGGAAACUCUUCAGAAACUCCUUCAGAAGCAUCCUAUGGAGAAGUCCAGGAGAACUUUAAGUUGUCUCUUGAGGACAGAAUACAAGAGCAGUCCACUUCUCCAGAUACUUCUUUGGGAAGUGCGACUCCAAGCAGCAACGCAGCGGAGCUGGGAUCCAUUGAAAGUGAGGCUCUAAGAGACACGUUGCAGAGCAAGGAGCACCUUUCUCCUGAUGUGUCCUCUCUGUGUGAAGAAGAACCUCCUGGUCCAAACAAGCCCCUGAGCAGUAACCUGAGGCGGCUGCUGGAGGCUGGUUCCCUCAAGCUGGAUGCUGCUGUUACGGUCAACGGCAGAGUCGAGUCUCCUGUAAAUCUUGGCUCAAAUCUCUCCUUCUCUCCACCUGCUCAUCAUGCCCAGCAACUAAGUGUUCUUGCCAGGAAGCUUGCUGAGAAACAGGAACAAAGUGACCAAUACAAUGCCAGUGGUCACUUUAUAUGGAAUCAAGGUAAGUGGUUGCCAAACUCAACCACCACCUGUGGUUUGUCCCCAGAUUCAGCUAUCCUGAAACUGAAAGCAGCAGCCAAUGCUGUUCUGCAGGACAAAUCUCUUUCAAGGACUGAAGACACUGUAAGAUUUGAAUCCUUUUCAUCACCUUUUAGCUCUCAGUCGGCCAGCUCCACCUUAGCAGCUUUAUCUAAGAAAGUGAGUGAAAGAAGCAUGACUCCUGGGCAGGAGCACCCACCUCCAGCUAGUUCUUUCCUUUCCCUGGCUUCCAUGACCUCUUCAGCUGCCCUUCUCAAAGAGGUUGCUGCAAGGGCUGCAGGCACCCUGUUGGCUGAGAAGAAGAAAUCACUGGUUGCUGAGGAUCCCCUGCAGCUUUCAGAGAUGAAACAAGAGAAAGCAACUCCACCACAGUCUUUGGAAUUACUGUUGCUGCCAGUCCCUAAGGGAAGAGCAUCCAAACCAACUACUACAGCCUCGGAAGAAGAAGGAGGAAAACCUUUCCAGUGUCCUAUCUGUGGUUUGGUUAUCAAGAGGAAGAGUUACUGGAAAAGGCACAUGGUGAUUCACACAGGUUUGAAAAGUCAUCAGUGUCCUCUCUGCCCAUUUCGCUGUGCACGCAAGGACAAUCUCAAAUCCCACAUGAAGGUUCAUCAGCACCAAGACAGGGGUGAGACCUUCCAAUGCCAGCUAUGCCCUUUUACCUCCUCCCGCCACUUCAGCCUGAAACUCCAUAUGCGUUGCCAUCAACAUUUCCUCAGGACAGAGUCCAAAGUGAAGGAGGAAAUACCAGAAUCUGAGGUGAAGGGGUCACCACAGCUAAAUAGUGACUCCUGCCUGGGACCACAGAGGGAAGGAGGUGGACCUGACCUUGCGGGAUCAGCAUCUGUGUCUAAAACCCCCGACGUGGCUGGGCAGCCUGGUGGAGGUAUUCCACCUUUACUAGUGAAAGAAGAGCCCAAAGAUGACAAUAGCAUCUCAGCUGCACCUUUUGCUCUUAGCACUGUUGACAGAGCCCCCAACAACACAAAGCUGAAAGACUCCUCUGACUUUGUGGCCACCACGGCGUCGGCGCUGUUCAGCCAAGACAUCUCUGUCAAGAUGGCCUCAGAUUUUCUGAUGAAGCUGUCAGCUGCAAAUCAAAAAGAGCCCUUGACUCCUACAUUUCAAGUGAAAGAGGAGCCUAAGGAUGAAGAAGCUGCAAGUUCAGCUUUGUCUCAGUCCAGCUAUGUCUUCAGCCAGGAACCUGAAGCCUCAACACCAAACAUCCCCGAGGAGAAGCUCAAGCCACAGGAAGCCCCAGCAAAUGUGAUGAGGCAGGACAUGUCAGUCAAGGCAGCCUCUGAGCUCCUCAUGAAGCUCUCAGCUGAGAGUUACAAGGAAACCCAGAUGGUAAAGAUAAAGGAAGAACCAAUGGAAGUUGACAUUCGUGAUUCACAGGCUUCAGUGUCCCCCAGCCAACCCAGCCAAAAUGUUGCCUACAGCACUUUAUUAGGGCGAGACGUUGGGGAACACCUGCAGAAGGCACCAGAAGGCCGUGUGCUCCCAGAGAGAAAUCUAUUCAGCCAAGAUAUAUCAGUGAAGAUGGCAUCUGAGCUGCUCUUCCAGUUAUCAGAAAAGGUCAGCAAAGAGCACAACCACAAUAAAGAUAAUGCCCUCAGAACUACAGCCAGCCCUUUCUUUUCUGAAGACUCCUUUAGACAAUCACCGUUCACUUCCAACUCAAAAGAUCUCCUGCCUAAUGAAACUACUCUUCAUGGAAGGACAUCUGCACCAGAAGCAGAAAAGCUGGGGCUGGAGGUGGGAAAUGGAUUGCCAGCAUGGAAUUUUCCCUGUGACGUGUGUGGAAAAGUGUUUGGUCGACAGCAGACCCUGUCCCGGCACCUCUCGCUGCACACAGAAGAGAGAAAAUACAAAUGCCACUUGUGCCCCUAUGCUGCUAAGUGCCGUGCCAACCUGAACCAGCACCUGACUGUCCACUCAGUGAAGCUGGUGAGUACAGACACCGAGGCCAUCGUCAGCGCCGUCACCUCUGAGGGCAGUGAUGGGAAGAAGCACCCUUACUACUACAGCUGUCAUGUGUGUGGGUUUGAGACGGAGAUGAAUGUCCAGUUUGUCAGUCAUAUGUCCCUCCACGUGGAUAAGGAGCAGUGGAUGUUCUCCAUUUGCUGCACGGCGUGUGAUUUUGUCACUAUGGAAGAGGCAGAUAUGAAGGCUCAUGUCAACAGCAAGCACACAGCUGAGGAGAGGAAGACACCCAGUGAAUCUACCAGUCCAUCCUCAUCCUCGCUGUCAGCACUGAGCGACUCUGCCAACAGCAAAGAAGAUGCAGAUGUCACCCCAAAAAACAAGGGUCCAAACAACCUGCUGGUCAUUUCUGUAGUGCCUGGUACUCAGACCUCAGUGAACACUGAAGAGAAGUCAGAGAAAGGCUUUGAAUGUGUUUUCUGUAACUUUGUCUGCAAAACAAAGAACAUGUUUGAGCGUCACCUGCAGAUCCACCUGAUCACACGGAUGUUCGAGUGUGACGUGUGCCACAAGUUCAUGAAGACCCCUGAACAGUUACUGGAGCACAAGAAGUGCCACACUGUCCCCACCGGUGGGCUCAAGUGCCCGUUCUGCAUCUACUCCACCAACCGCCCCGCGGCGAUGGAGUGCCACCUGAAGACUCACUACAAGAUGGAGUACAAGUGUCGGAUCUGCCAGACAGUGAAAGCAAACCAGCUGGAGCUGGAGAUGCACAUCCGAGAGCACCGCCUGGGCAACCACUACAAGUGUGACCAGUGUGGCUACCUGUCCAAGACCGCCAACAAGCUGAUCGAGCACGUGCGCGUCCACACCGGCGAGCGCCCCUUUCACUGUGACCAGUGCAGCUACAGCUGCAAGCGCAAAGACAAUCUCAACUUGCACAAGAAACUGAAGCACGCUCCGCGCCAGACCUUCAGCUGCGACGAGUGCCUGUUCAAGACCACCCACCCUUUUGUCUUCAGCCGCCACAUGAAGAAGCACCAGAACGGGGACUGCUGCGAAGAGGAGAAGAAGGGCCAGUACUCCACCUCCAAGGAGGCCGCUCCCCACCCGGCAGUGAACAGCUCCAGGAACCUCCUGUCGCCCCUCUCGGUGAUGUCUGCCUCCCAGGCUCUGCAGACGGUGGCCCUGUCGGCCGCGCAGGGCAGCGGGGCAGAGCCCGGCCUGGCGGCGAAAGCCUUGGCCAUCAACGGCUCUUCCCUCUGCUUUGACAAAUACUGGAACUCGGAGUUUGCCCACCUUAUCCCUCUAACAAUGUUUUUCCCCAAAAACCACUACGAUCUCACAUUCCAUCCCCCCAGACCUCAGACUGCACCGGGAGGUGCCUCUUCGCCUAAACACUCCUUCCUCGCUUACCUUGGACUAACAGAGAGGGCAGAAACUGUCUGAGGGCAGUUACAUUCUGUACCAAAAAUACCCCCCACAAACCCAGCAGGUCUACAGUGCUGCACAACGUAGCCCGAGGAGGUACCCAACACUUGUACUAUAUCCUUAGCAAGGUUUAGCAAACAGCUCUGUGUGUAUACUUAUUGCAUUGACAUGAAAGCUGCUUUAUUAAAAAUCUCCAAGAGGUGACCUACUGCAUACUUCUACCUUCAGAGGCAUGUUCCCAGUACUCCUAGCUAAGAAACUAUUUUGUCUUGUUAAGCUGAUAAAAAAAAAAAAGAGUGUCCUUACUGGCAAGCAGCACUUGUAAGAUGACAUA